GGCGGCGGGGCGGGGCGCGGCGUGGGGGCGGCCCCCCAACGAUCUGGAGCAGAUAAGAGCCAGGGAAGUGAAGAUGUAACCUGUUAUCGGGCUCUCCUCUUAGCUGCCAGAGGGAAUUUACAUUUAAAGAUUACAGAGAGAGAGAGGGAGAGGAUCUGCCUUUUGUUGUGCGGUGUUGAGGAGGAGGCAGCGGCCCUGGCCUCCACGCUAUCUCCCAUCACCUCAGCUAUCAAGACGGGGCACUCACGGAGAAAGGAUUGAUCUGUGGGCUGGUGAGCUUAUCUGUGUUCCAGUCAGAGCAGCAGAGGAAAUUAGCAGAGCGCUUGCUGGAGAAUGAUAUCUGUGAAAAGGAACACUUGGAGAGCGCUGAGUGUAGUGAUAGGUGACUGCCGGAAAAAGGGGAGCUUUGAAGGUUGCCAAGAUCGGACUGAGAAGCACUCCACAAUGCCAGACUCACCUGUGGAUGUGAAGACGCAAUCUCGGCUGACCCCUCCAGCGAUGCCGCCUCCCCCAACGACUCAAGGAGCACCAAGAACCAGCUCAUUUACCCCGACCACAUUAACGAAUGGAACGAGCCAUUCACCCACGGCCUUGAAUGGCGCCCCCUCGCCGCCCAAUGGCUUUAGCAACGGGCCUUCCUCUUCCUCUUCCUCUUCUCUGGCUAAUCAACAGCUGCCCCCAGCCUGUGGUGCUAGGCAACUCAGCAAGCUGAAACGAUUUCUUACUACCCUGCAGCAGUUUGGCAAUGACAUUUCACCGGAGAUUGGAGAAAGAGUUCGCACCCUCGUACUAGGACUGGUGAACUCUACGUUGACAAUUGAAGAAUUUCAUUCCAAACUGCAAGAAGCCACUAACUUCCCACUGAGACCUUUUGUCAUCCCAUUUUUGAAGGCCAAUCUGCCCCUGCUCCAGCGUGAACUCCUCCACUGCGCAAGGCUAGCCAAACAGAACCCUGCCCAGUACCUCGCUCAGCAUGAACAGCUGCUUCUGGAUGCCAGCACCACCUCCCCAGUUGACUCCUCGGAGCUGCUUCUCGAUGUGAACGAAAACGGGAAGAGGCGAACUCCAGACAGAACCAAAGAAAAUGGCUUUGACAGAGAGCCUUUGCACUCAGAACAUCCAAGCAAGCGAGCAUGCACUAUUAGCCCAGGCCAGCGGUACAGUCCAAAUAAUGGCUUAUCCUACCAGCCAAAUGGCCUGCCUCACCCCACCCCACCUCCACCUCAGCACUACCGUUUGGAUGAUAUGGCCAUUGCCCACCACUACAGGGACUCCUAUCGACACCCCAGCCACAGGGACCUCAGGGACAGAACUAGACCUAUGGGGUUACAUGGCACACGUCAAGAAGAAAUGAUUGACCACAGACUAACAGAUAGAGAAUGGGCAGAAGAAUGGAAACAUCUUGAUCAUCUGUUAAACUGCAUAAUGGACAUGGUAGAAAAGACGAGACGGUCCCUCACCGUUCUGCGAAGGUGUCAGGAAGCGGACCGAGAGGAGCUGAAUUACUGGAUCCGGCGUUACAGCGAUGCUGAGGACCUGAAGAAGGGCAGCAGCAGCAGCAGCCACUCCAGGCAGCAGAGCCCCGUCAACCCAGACCCUGUUGCGUUAGAUGCACAUCGGGAAUUCCUUCACAGGCCUGCGUCUGGAUAUGUGCCAGAGGAGAUCUGGAAGAAAGCUGAGGAGGCUGUAAACGAGGUGAAGCGACAGGCAAUGACGGAGCUGCAGAAGGCUGUGUCUGAGGCAGAGAGAAAAGCCCACGACAUGAUUACCACAGAGCGGGCCAAGAUGGAACGAACGGUGGCUGAGGCCAAGCGGCAGGCAGCGGAGGACGCUCUGGCGGUCAUCAACCAGCAGGAAGACUCCAGCGAGAGUUGCUGGAACUGUGGCCGGAAAGCAAGCGAGACCUGCAGUGGCUGUAACACCGCCCGGUACUGUGGCUCCUUUUGCCAGCAUAAAGACUGGGAGAAGCACCACCACAUCUGUGGACAGACCCUGCAGGCCCCACAGCAGGGAGACACACCUGCAGUGAGCUCCUCAGUCACACCCAGCAGUGGGGCUGGGAGCCCAAUGGACACACCACCAGCAGCCACGCCCAGGUCGACCACCCCGGGAACACCCUCCACCAUAGAGACGACGCCUCGCUAGACCUAAGCUCGGACUGUCAGAGAAAAGACACCGCAACCAACACGAAAGCAAUUCUUCAUCCUCAGAUGCUCAAAGCCGUUUUUCUGUUUGUUUGUUUAUAGAUGAACUAUCUAUCUUAUUUCAGUACUUUCAACAAGAGAGAACCUAACUGUAUCUUUUGAGGUGGUAGUAAAACACAGAGGGCCAGUAACGGGUCGUAAUGACUUACUGUGGAUAACAAAGAUAUCUUUUUAGAGAACUGAAGAAAGGAAAGAAUAUAACGUGAAAUGCUAGAUUUGACCUCCUCCCUGUUAUUUCCAAGUAGCUGGGAUUUUAAACUAGAUGACCUCAUUAACCAAUGCUUUACCAAGCAGCAAACCAAGAGAUUGUUCAUUGCUGUUGAAAGCAAAAAUGCUAAUAUUAAAAGUCACAGUGUUCUUUAUAUAUAAUAAUGGAAAGAAAAAAAAAAAGAGGCGAUCCCUCAAGGGCACGAGCGUUGGAUACAGCACUAGACAUUUUAACAAGAAGAUGAAUGGCGUCUGUGGGUUGCUAACUGAACUUUGAAGACCCGCUACAAACCGCGCAGAUGUGCAGCAGAUUGGAAGGAGACACAGAUGUUCGGGUUUUUUUUUUCCCUGUUUCUGAAGCGAAAUAAUAAUAUCCAGGUCAACAGAAUGAAAAAUGAAAGAUGAUUUCCAGUGGGAUGUAUGACCACAGCAGCAAGAAAAAAAAAUGUCAUAAUACAAAGGCUCCUUUACACACACACACACAC